CGUAGUGGGUGCGUUGCUGAGGAUUAUGGACAGUGUAAGCGUUCAGGUUGGGUUAAAUCUGCUGAUGCAGUAGGACUCGUAUUGGAAUUAUCAGAUAUGGCUUGUUUUCAUAAAGUAACAUUGCUUUCUGGGCAACAUCCUAAACCUGUCGGACUGGUUCUUCAAUAUGGAACAGCAGGAUUUCGUGCAAGGGCUGAACAGCUGGAUCAUGUGAUGUAUCGCAUGGGUUUGCUGGCAGUGUUGAGGUCCAAGAAAACCAAAUCAACUAUUGGUGUGAUGGUCACAGCAUCCCAUAAUCCAGAAGAAGACAAUGGAGUGAAAUUGGUUGAUCCUUUAGGAGAAAUGCUUGCUCAUGCAUGGGAAGUGUAUGCCACACAACUAGCAAAUGCAGAAGACCAAGAUCUGAAAUCUGUGUUAACCAGUAUUCUCGACAAAGAGUCUGUGAAUCUGCAGGAAGUGGCUCGGGUUGUUCUUGGCAGAGACACUCGGCCUAGUAGUCUAAAUCUUGUUCAAGCUGUUAUUGAUGGAGUGAGUGUCUUAGAUGGAACUUACCAAGAUUAUGGCCUUGUAAGCACACCACAGCUGCAUUAUAUGGUCUGCUGUUGGAAUACCAUGGAGCAGUAUGGGACUGCAACGGUGGAAGGAUAUUACCAGAAACUUUCUCAGGCUUUUCUUGCCAUAACUAAGCAGACUCCUUACCAUCCAGAAGAAUUGAGACAAUUGAAUGUGGAUGGAGCAAAUGGUAUUGGUGCACUAAAGCUUCAAGAAUUGGAGUCAUACCUUGACAAGAAAAUACAGCUGAAGGUGCAUAAUAAUGGUGCAAAUGGCAAACUCAACUAUCUCUGUGGAGCAGAUUUUGUGAAAGUUCAACAGAAGCUACCUCAUGGCUUACACAUUAAGGCAAACGAACGCAGCUGCUCAUUUGAUGGUGAUGCAGACAGAAUUGUAUAUUAUUAUAUUGAUGAAUCUGGAUGUUUCCACCUUCUUGAUGGAGAUAAGAUCGCAACUUUAAUUACAAUAUUUCUGCAGGAGCUUCUUGUCAAGGCAGACUUGGACUUGCAGAUGGCAGUAGUUCAGACUGCCUAUGCAAAUGGAAGCUCAACAAGAUACAUCACAGAGGUCAUGAAGGUUCCUGUAUACUGUGUAAAUACAGGAGUGAAAUAUUUGCACCAUAAAGCUCAAGAAUUUGAUGUUGGUGUUUAUUUUGAAGCAAAUGGCCAUGGCACAGUACUCUUUAGUAAAACUGCUGAAAACAACAUCAGACAGCUGGCUUGGGACAAUAAUCAACCAGUAGAGAGAACCAAUGCAGCUAAAAUGCUUGAAAAUACUAUUGAUUUAAUCAAUCAGACAGUGGGAGAUGCCAUAUCAGACCUGCUAACAAUAGAGGCCAUCCUGUUUAUUACGGGCUUCACUAUCCAAAAAUGGGAUUCAAUUUACACAGACCUUCCUAACAGGCAACUAAAAGUGAAGGUGUCUGAUCGACAAAAAAUUGUCACUGUGGAUGCUGGAAAGCGAGUGGUAUCCCCUGCAGGGCUGCAGCAAAAUAUUGAUGCUUUGGUGAAGAAAUACAAUUUGUCACGGGCUUUUGUACGUCCAUCCGGUACAGAAGAUGUGGUCCGAGUUUAUGCUGAAGCUGACACCCAGACAAAUGCAGACACACUGGCACAUGAAGUAAGCCUUGUUGUGUACAAAUUGGCUGGAGGAGUAGGAGAGGAACCAAAGUUAUUGCAUUGAGGAAAACAAGAUAAUUGGUAAAUGCAGUCUUUGGGCCUUUAUAUUAAGACUACAAAGAGACACAGGCUGGGGAGUGGGUGGUGGGAGGGGUUUUUGAUUGGCAUUUGUGAUCCUUCAAUGAUUAAAAUACAUAUUUUGCUAUGUUUAUUUCACAAUCAAGUAGUAAUGGUGCUUGCAUGAGAACUGCUGGUUAUAAAAUUUGAUAUUGAAUAGUUGGAAUUCUUUGUUUUGACCUGAAUGUGAAUACAACUAAGGAAAAAGCACUAGAACAGGAACAUCAGCCAAACUUUGUAUGGUCUUGCAAGAUAGCAGCAUCCAAGCUUGAGAUGUCCUUUUUUACCCUAGUUUGGAAAAAUCUAGGGUGCUAGGAAUGUUGGUUCCCCACAUUAUCCAAAAAUGUUGCUGACACUUGUGCCCAUGCAUUAAUAGAUUUAAGUCCUCAUGCAGAACUAAGGUUCCAAACUGAUAGUCGAAUGGAAUAUUGAAGGAGUGCUACACUAAAAAACGUGUCAACUUUUGUGACUUUGCGCUUCUGCUGACUUCUAUAAGUGUUUCCUUUACUUCACAUGUACGUUUUUUGGAGUGUCAGAACAUCAGUCAUUGACCAAGUACACUGUGGUCACAAAGAUCUGGCUAUCAUUAGCCAGAUUGUAGUUUAUGGAAACUCACUGUAUGUGAAUUAGGUAUAUUACAAUAAUUACAACAGUUGAAAGAAGAACUCAAAUGUUUUGACUAUUCUCUGCUUGUGAAAGGCACUAUGUAAACACAAAUUUGUUUUUAGUUCAACUGCAUUUAUCGUAAACUGCAUUUAUACCAGGAAGCAUGAAAGUGAAUAUGUGCUAUGCCAUGACCUGAGGCAAAAGAAGGAAGUGGGACUGUGUUGCCAGCUGAAUUUGGAAACCCUAGCUGAGUCCGAGCAGGCUUCCACUCCCCCAGUGCGAGCCGCUAAGAAGACAGAGGAUCCUCUGUGUUAUGUCAUCAGCACACGUGCAUGUGUUUCCAACACCGUCUCUCUAUCCAGCAUGGAUAGAGACAAAAAAACUGCAGAUGCUGUCCUGAAGUAGGGUUACACCCAAAAUGUUGACUUCCCCGCCUCCUGAUGCUGCCAGUCUUGCUGUGUUGUUCCAGCAUGGAGACAGCCAGCAAAAUCAAAUCAGUGACCCCAUUCAUGUACUUUCAACCCAGUGCAAUUAAAAUACUGGAUGAUCCUUAAAAUUGAUUCCCAACCAGACAUUCUGAUAACCUGUACCAGACUUUGUGAAUAACCAAUACGGCCACCAGGUUUGUAGCUUAAUAUGUUGUUAAAUCUUUAGUUUACUAAGUUUGGCAGUUAAGUUAAGCCACAAGAUAGCUUAAUUAAUGUAUGACUUCUACGCAGUCAUCUUCAAUUCCAGCUCCCCAUUCUCUCAGACAAACAGCUAGAAAAACACACUCCUUUAAAAGGAAAAAGAGGUAUAACCAGCCAGUUAACCUAAGCAGAUUCCAUGAUCCAUAAUAUCACAAGCACAUGAGAUUGUGUCUUGUUUGGUUUCUGAAGACAUCCAUGCAUGCAGAUAAUUUCCAGUAAACUCCAAGUAAUAUUCAAUCAAAUUUUACCAAAAGUUCAGAGAAUGUAAUCUCAGUUAUAAGUUGAUAAUGAGGGGAAAAGUUUUCAAGCUUCCAUAUUGUAUCUGUGGUAGUUGGAGUCCUUCUGACCUAAAAACAGUCCAAACGCCAGUUCAAAUUCUGGCCUCUCCCUGCCAGACCAGAUGCCCUCCCACAAAGUCCCAGUUAACACAGAAUCCCUCCAUUGUGGAAGCAGGCCAUCUGGCACAUUGAAUCCCCACUGACCCUCUGAAAAGCACCCCAACCAGAACUACCCCCUUACCCUAUUCCUGUGAGCCUGCACAUCCUGGAUACUAUGGCCAGUCUACUUAACCUGCAUGUCUUGGAAUCUGAAGCAGCUGGAGGAAACCCACACAGACAUGGGGAGAAUGUACAAAUUCUACAUAUUAUCCAAGGGUGGAAUCAAAUUGAGAUCCCUGGUGCUGUGAGGCAGCAAUGUUAGCCACUCAGCCAUCAUGCAGCACCCCCACCAAUGUUCAAUGCCAUCUUUUUUAGAAUUAUACCUCUCCAGAGAUGAAGUGUUUUUAACAAGAAUCAACCUGCAAUUAAUUUUCAAGCCUGGCCUCAUAAAUCAAUUAACAGUUUCUCUAUUCAUCUUUUAAACAAGCUGCUGCUCACAGUCCAAAGGUCACCUUCAACUCUCCGUUCAUAGCUCCAAAAUAAAAAUGAAAAAAAGAAAGAAACAAAGUAAUGAAAAAUCAUUGCGAUUUCUAACAUGUUGCAGACAGAUAAUGUCACUGGCCACAUCUGUGAAUGUGCUUUGCAUUUUGGAUAGUCACUGUUUUGGUUUACUAGUGGCAAUGUGCUAUGUUGGACAAUGACUGAUCUGCUUAUACAGCACAGUCGUACUGAAACUGAAUUUAUUUUUCCAGUCAAUGCAAAUUAUUUUAUAUAUUGUUAACAUUGUAAACAGACAGGAAAAGAAAAGGGUCACAAAAUUCUAUUACAAAAUGUGUAAAGUGAAACUUUUCAGCUGUAUAUGUUUUCUAGAUAGUGACUAAAUGGGACCUCAAAAUUUCUUUAGAUGAACAGGAUCAAGAGGCAUGAAGAAAGAUAGUAAAUUGUGACUGUCCUGUUUACCUCCCCUUCAUUCUUAUCUGGGUUAAACAUUUAAUUUCAUUGGCUUCUCCCAGGGGUUGGUGUUUACAGAACAAUUUUACAGAACUGCUGCAAGCAACUUAUUUAUAGCUCCUUCAUUUUUGAGACCUUAAUUUGUUUUAUUGUUCUCAUUUUUGGUUUGUAAUUUAGACUUGAAAUUGCCCUUGAGCAGCAGCUUGUUUUGUAAAGGGAGAUCAAACAGAUUGAUAUUUGUGACUUUAGGUUGAUCGCUAUUCCUGGAACGUUACAGACUUUCAAGCACUAAGGUGUGUUGCUCAGGGACUGGCAAUGGUUAGAUGUUGAAGUGGUCAAUCAAGAGCAGAAUGGUGCUUGCCAGCCAAUCACAGAGGAUGUUGGAAAAGGAAGAGAAGCCAGACUUUGAAUUGGUUUGGCCUGGGCUGCUGGACUGGGAGCAUUUUAUGAGUUUUAAUAUCUCUAAUUUUAUAUCCAGUUAAAGAAUUGUUAAAAAUUUUGAGGGAAGAAACCCAUUCCAGAAGACAUAGUUCCAGGAGUCCAUAGAAGUUGUUUGCAUGAAGUGAUGACUUCAGAAUUCAAGCAAAAUACAAUGCUUUGUGUCUGAAAUACGAUGUAUUAUUCAAUGGUUUCUGGAGGCCUUGUACUCAUUUUGAAAUCAUUGAACUGGCAAAUUACAAUAAUUUAUCCAUUGCGUUUCAGUAAGAGUAGUGUUUAAAGUAAUGGGCUUUGCUUUGUUUCUUCAUGUUCUGCUACUUACUAAAAUUAAAACUUUUUUUUUAUUAAUAAUGUGUUGCAAAUCCAGGGAUGGGGAGGCAGAUUUGGUGUGGUGUGCUGCUGUUGUGUGUAACAUUCUUCAUUUUUUUUUUGAGUCUGAAUGCUGUGCUUCAUAAAGCCAAUCAGAAAUUAGUGAAAGGUCUCUGUGUAGGGUAAUAAGCAAAUGCCUGUACAGUCUAGUGUGACUGUGUUAGAGUUCAUUGUGACAUUUUUGUUGGAAGUACUUUUAAUAACCUUAAAUAUGCUCCAUUCAAGUUAGAUCAUAUAAUCUUAUGAAAAUAUGUCAUUUAAAAUCAAAACUUAUUUUCCUAACUUGCUGUAAAAGGAGAAAUCAUGAUGUCAGAGACUUCUACAUUCCUUAUAA